CAGAUCUUCACAAUAACUGCUGAAAUGCUGUCACAACACAGAUCCAGUCGAUCGGAAGGGUAUUUUCCAGGAAGUGCUGCGAGAGAUAAAACAUAAAACUGAAAACAAAGGCGAGACGCGCGUGUGUGAAAUGAAACGUGUGCGGUAAACAGAUAUUAAAUUCAGACAAAAUGUCUGGGAUGCAUUAACCACACUUAAAAGCUUGUUCUUCAUUCUCGUGCUUCCAGUUGAAUUUGUGAGAGCUUUGCAAUGGAAACGGACACAGAAAUGCUGAUCAAAGACAAUUGGAAAAAUCUAAUUGAAUCCGUUGACCGCAAGAUCACCCGGACAGCUAUCUCACUUGCACAGAAAGUGGAGAUUCUGGAAAAACUCGGGGAUCCCAUCGUCAAAAGGAAAGACAUUGCAAGCGAAUAUGGCCUGUCUGUCUCCACAAUUAGCAAAUUACUAAAGAACAAAGAUGAUAUUAUGCAUGAAUGGCAUCGUGGAGCCAACCAAGACCGGAAGAGGAAACGCUUAGGGAAGGUCCAGUCAGUGGAUGAAGCUUUACUGCGCUGGUUUAUCAUCGCAAAAGAGAAGGAAGCUGUCGUCACAGGACCCAUACUGAUGGCGAAGGCCAAGAGUCUCGCAGAAAGCCUGGGCGUGGAAUUCAACCCUUCUCAGGGCUGGCUACAGCGCUGGAAAGAGAGGAACAAUAUUGUCAUUAAGCGAGUCCAUGUGGAAAAAAGCCAGACAGAUGGUAAUAACUCUGACUGGCCACCUACCUUACUGCCUGCAAUCCUGAGCAGAUUCACCCCUGAGGAACGGCACACCUGGCUCCAGCACGCGGUGGAGGCAAGAAACUGCAAGGAGGAGAGCGAUGAAGACUCAACCUCCACAGCUCCCAUCCUGCCUUCUGUUCUGAGUGGACUGUCGCCUGAAGAAAAGCAAGCAUGGCUCCAAAACGUGAAGGAAAGCAGUGGGGAAGUAGAGGAGACGGGCCAAGCUGAAGAAAACUGUGUGGGCGGAAGAUCUCCAGAUCAACAGACCAAUGUGCCAGCUGCUCUGGGCUUGCUGUCUCCUGAACUUCAGCAGAGCUGGCUCGCGAGGAAGAACCCGAAGGGAUCUCGCAAGGAGCAGUGCGACCUGGACGUCUUCUCAACAGAGCAGUGCGCUCGUGCCAUCAUGCCUUUUAUUCUGAGUGGACUGUCUCCCGAAGAACAGGAGAGCUGGCACCGACACUUGAGGGAGAAACUCAGGACACAGGACAGACGUUCGGCAUCACAAUCACCAGAGAAGCCAUUAACCAGCAGAUCAGAAGAGCAGCAAGCUGUCUUACAAAGAAACAGCAACCCCCUGCAGGACGCUGAAGGUUCAGAGAGCAAGGCAGGACUCUGCAGGUAUUCCACUGAGCAGCAGCAGGCUUGGGUACAGCAGUUAAAAGAAAGGAACUCCCCUGCUGGGAAGAGUGAUGAAACUGGGCAAGAUCUGGAUGGAUCUCCAGGUACUGUUCCCCAGGACAGUGAUGAAGAAGAGCUGGAGCCGCCUGCCAGCGAAGCAGAGGUCUCUUACUGCCUGCGCCGGAUACACAGCUUCAUAAAGCAGCGCCAGGCUGACCACCUUGGACACUUCCAUACAUUCGAGAGCUACCUUCAAACCUUAAUGAAAACAGACUGCAAAACUAAAGGAAACUGUUGAUUGGGUUAAUGUUGGUCUGCACACCCAGGUGUGGGGCCAGCUCCUAUACUGUAAUGUGGUACAGAUACAACAACUGAUGCAAUUAGUUCUUCCAAAAUCCAUGCUAUAUGAAACUUUAUAUAGCAAGAAGCCAAGGCUAGGGAAGUAAAUCCAGUUGUUCUACCACUGUUACUGUUACACUGCUGUACGUUCAUAGAUACGGUGCUAUAAAAAGAAAGUAUUAGAAUCCUGAAGCAAUGUGACCGGAUUUGGGUUGAGAAAUGCAAUACCUACUAAAAUACCACAUGCUGGUAGAACUGUAAAAAACAAUAUUUUCUUAACUUAAAGUUGCUAAACAAAUGUUUUUUUUUUAUGUAUUCUUUUUAUUUUAAGGUGUGUGAAAAUCCUAGUUGUGUGUUUCUAUAGAGUAGAGCAGUGUGCUUAUUAAUUCUAUUAACAAAUAGAAUCCUAAUCGCUGCUUAAAUAUAAUACAGCAAGUACCGGUAGAAUAUCAUCCAUAACUAUUAAUCAAUAAUGCAUAAUUUAGAAAUACAAAAAGAAGCUUCAAUUCAAUGACAAACAUCUCCAUGUCUUUUUCAAUCUGUUCUUUGAGUCUAAACAUUUGUCAUUGAAUUUAAGCUUCUUUUUGUAUUCUAGUUUUAUAAUUAGGGUUUCUGGUUUUUAUUAAUUGUAUUUUUCAGUGCUUAUUUUUAGCUAUUUUCGAGUUUACUGUAAAUUGUUUUUUUUCAGGGCUUUCGUUUUUUGAUAUACUAUUAUUAUUAUUUGUUUAUUUAGCAGACGCCUUUAUCCAAGGCGACUUACAGAGUCUAGGGUGUGUGAACUAUGCAUCAGCUGCAGAGUCACUUACAAUUACGUCUAACCCGAAAGACGGAGCACAAGGAUAAAGCAGACUGUUUGGAUCUAUGCAGGAGCUGUUCACCAUGGCUGAAUAAUCGUGGUCAACUAGUCUUAACAGGUGUUGUGUGGAUUUUCUUUCCAGUAGACACCUGAGGCAGGGGUGGUGGAGAUGGACUUACUGGUAGAUGAAAGGAAAAAAAAGAAACUGCAUGAUGUAGUUUACUAUAUAAGUUGUGUAAGUUAUUCUGUCUCUUGUAUAAGAGAUAUCAUUGCGUUGUGUGCUUAGCCUGAACUGUUGUGCUUUGCUUUGUGAUCCUCGUGUGAGAUGACAUGUCUUGUACAUUAAGAAACUCUCUUCACACAGGUUAUGAACUUAUUAUAAAUCAGACAAAUACAAAAGCUAGCCAGCAAAUAUUUGUUUUGUUCUUGCACUUGUCUGUUUGGCACUUCUUUGUAUCUGCACAGGUUGCAUUUGCUUUUAUUGCAAUUGUAUUUUAUUUGCUAACUUGUAACUAUAUUUACACUUUAAAACUUUAAAUUAACUACACUUUGUAAUGCUUUUUAAUUUAUAAAAUAAAAUAAAUUCAUAAUUUAUUGUAAAGUAUUGCAAUUACAAUUGUAACACUCAACCUGGAUAGGGCAUCUGCUAAGCAAACAAAUAAUAAUCUAAAAUCAGUUAUAACCGUAUUCAAUCCACAUUAACGGUAUUUAGAAACUAUAUUAGUUUUAUAUAAUAGUUAGAAUAGCUCCUUUUUGACAUUUACUCACUCUUAUAAUAAUAAUAAACAAUAACAACAAUAAACGCAUUCUUACCUGUCACUCCGAGCUACGUGAGAAAGUUGUGAUGUUUAUAGAAGAAUGAUGUUUAAUAAUAUAAAAUCAAUUAUCAAUACAUAUUAACUGUAUAUAGAAAAUGUUUUAUACGAAGUUUGUUCAAAGAAGGUUAAACUGCAGUGUACAGAAGUUAAUGAUGUUUAUAUCUUUAUAUAUUUUUUUAUUCUGUAUAUAAAUAUAGUAGGUAGCUCCUUUUUACGAUUACUUGCUCGUACAACAAAAACAACAAUAAUACACAACAAUAGCCGCAUUUUUACCUAUUUCACUCCGGGAGCACGUUGUGUUGUUGAUAUCUCACUCACUGUACUCACUCUGGAGAGCUCGAGGCGGGAGCUCUAAGUUUAGGCACAGACCUGCACAACAGCGCCAAAACCAUGUUGCGGCGGCAGCAGUAUUACAUCCGUAGUGGUUUAGCACUACCGUAGAGAAUGAAUGGGAAAUGGUUUAGGGUAGUUUAGCUAAACAAUUCUGCAGCCAGCAGGAGUGGCCAGGAGUAAGUGCAGUGUUCCUGUGAGUACAGCACGCGUAGCUUUUAUGCGUUCCUCGUUAGUAUAGUGGUCAGUAUCCCCGCCUGUCACGCGGGAGACCGGGGUUCAAUUCCCCGACGGGGAGAUUUUUUUUUAUUUAUUUAUUUUUUUAUAUAUUUUUUAAAACUCUCCUUAAAUAUUUUACGCACAAACUGUAGUUGCCAAUUAUUUACCAGAUAUGGUGUAUAUUUUCUUUUUAUUUAUAACUAUAUACGUAAUCCUUACCCGCUGUACCAUAUUUACAGUAUUAUUCGUUGUGCUUGACUAUAUAUUAAUUUACCUGUGCUUUUGUUUAUUUCAGAAUGUCAUUUUUAUAGACGAUUUGUGCAAG